AUGUCACCGGCGGAGAGAGUGACGGUGGCGAGAAGCCUGCUGGCCCUAGCGCUCGGUACUGGAGUCUGUUACUGUGUGUAUAGGGCGCUAUAUGCUGGGAGGAAAAAACACGUGAGCGGCGGCAGAAUCCUGGACAGAGUGACGGGCAUGCCUGUGAACAGCAGGAGGCCAGAAGCCCAAUCUGAAAACAGCCCUAAGUCUGCUGGUGAUCUGGAAUCUCAUCAUUUAGAAAAAUUACUUCAGAUUCUGUCAAGCAGCUCAAUUCCUUCAACUCAAGAGCAGAUUUUGGUUACGCUUUGUAACUCUGCAGCAUUUUCUGUAAAUCAUGAUAUAAUUCGAAAUUUUGAUGGUAUUCAUAUUAUUGGAGGUUUACUUUCACACUCUAAUCCAAAAAUAAAAGCAGGUGCACUGAAUGCACUAAACAACCUGAGCAUGAACCUAACAAACCAGGAACAAAUACAGGCUUUUCUAAAUGACAUAUUGAAGGAUAUUAAGGAAUCUACAUUAAACUCUGAAGUCCAGCUAGCUGGCCUAAGACUGGUAGUUAACAUGUCGAUCACCAAUAACUACCAUAAAAAGAUGGAAGAUUCUAUUCCUAGUCUACUAGGUUUAUUGAAGGAAGGAAAUUACACCACCAAGAUACACACAUUAAAAGUUCUUGUGAACCUGUCUGCAAAUCCUUUGAUGACUACACAUCUCCUUGCUAGUAAGAUGCUUCCACUUUUCAGUAACAGCAUUCUUACUUCAUGGAAGAUAUUCAACAAACUGGCGUGUUGCAUCAGAUUACAGUGCUAUGCUGGAAUUCAUGUUUUCACAAAUGUUGGCACCAGCAUCGCUGACAUUUCUCUUUGACAGCAGCAUUAAUAUGGAUGUUCUCAUAAGAGCACUGACAUUUGCAGCAAAUCUUUCUGAGAACAUGAACAGAGAACAGCAAUACAAUAAGCAGUGUGACUACAAAGAAGACUCACUCUAUGCAAUUAUGUUUAAAGAU